AUGGCUACUCUCAAAGGUUUGGGAGUUUCUGAAAUCCACGACGGAUCCACUCUGCGCAUCGCCAUCGUCCAUGCGCGCUGGAAUGCCACCGUAAUCGCCUCCCUGGUGGAGGGGGCUAAGAAAGCUCUGUUAGCCGCCGGUGUGCGGGGGAGCAAUAUCGUUGUGCAGAGCGUGCCGGGGAGCUGGGAGUUGCCGAUUGCUAUGGAGAGAAUAUACGCCGGCUCCCAGUCCGACCAGCCCUUCGACGCGAUGAUCGCCAUUGGCACCCUAAUAAAAGGAGAAACAAUGCACUUCGAAUACAUCGCCGAUGCCGUCUCCCACGGCCUCAUGCGCAUACAACUCGAUAAAGACGUACCUGUCAUAUUCGGGGUGUUGACGGUGUUGAAUGAGGAGCAAGCGCUGGUGAGGGCGGGGCUGGCGAAGGGGGAGGGGAGCGCGGCACAUAAUCAUGGGGAGGACUGGGGACGCGCUGCGGUUGAGCUUGGUGUGAAGAGGAAGCAGUGGGCAAUGGGGAAGUUUUCGUAG